UCUUAGAACGUUCUCUUUGAAAAUUGAGCGAGUAUAAUUGAGGGAUAAACACAGGGGGUGGAAACGAACAGAUGUGGAGCGGGUUUGUGGAUGUAGUAUGGAGGCUUUUGUUAUUUUUUAUGUUUACUCGUGUGCGCCCUCUGUUAAGGCUGUCCGAGUCGGUUUAGGAUUCUCGCACGUCUCCGGUAUUCCUCAUCCUAACCGGGGUGUUAGCAGCCAUAUAAAUCCGGCGCGUUGAUGACAGUGUAAUAUUUACAUGGAUGUGGAUACAUUUUUGUAUUUUUUUCAUCGACAUUCCAAGAAAUAUGCAACUAAUUUGUCGAGAAAUUUCAUUUCUCAAGGGAGGUCGUUUGCUGUCAGCGCUGUGAGGCGGCGGCAGGCACAAACACGUCUGUCUAGCCAGUGAGGCGAACUGUUCGGAUCAACCAUCUGUUAGUACAGUCAUAGUCUUACUUUCUCCCCCUGCUGAGAGGAAAACGCUGAUAUUUAAUCUAGCAUAAAAUAUAUCCGCUACAGUAAUGGCAACCGCAUAAGUGGACCAGAGCAAAAUAAGGAUGCGGAGCCGAAGCAAUUCCGGAGUGAGGUUGGAUGCGUUCGCUAGGCUUGUCCAAGAGACAAUCCUGUGCCAUCAGAACCCAGUGACUGGUCUCCUGCCUGCCAGUGAACAGCAGAAAGAUGCCUGGGUCAGGGACAAUGUUUACAGCAUUCUGGCAGUGUGGGGCCUGGGAAUGGCUUAUCGCAAGAAUGCUGACCGUGAUGAGGACAAGGCUAAGGCCUACGAGCUCGAACAGAGCGUGGUCAAGCUGAUGCAAGGAUUGCUGCAGUGUAUGAUGAGACAGGUGGCAAAGGUGGAGAAGUUUAAACACACGCAGAGCACCAAGGAUUGCCUGCAUGCCAAGUACCACACUCCCACCUGUGCCACUGUGGUAGGGGAUGACCAGUGGGGUCACUUGCAGGUAGAUGCCACGUCACUGUACCUGCUGAUGCUGGCGCAGAUGACAGCAUCAGGUCUGUGCAUCAUAUCUAACCUGGAUGAGGUGGCGUUCAUUCAGAACCUGGUGUUCUAUAUUGAAGCUGCGUAUAAAGUUGCUGAUUAUGGCAUGUGGGAGAGAGGAGACAAGACUAACCAAGGAAUCCCGGAGCUAAAUGGGAGCUCUGUUGGAAUGGCAAAGGCUGCCUUGGAGGCUAUUGAUGAACUUGAUCUGUUUGGAGCUCAUGGAGGCCCCAAAUCAGUGAUUCAUGUUCUACCAGAUGAAGUGGAGCAUUGCCAGUCUAUCUUGUGCUCUAUGCUGCCUCGAGCCUCAACCUCUAAGGAGAUUGAUGCUGGUCUGCUCUCAGUCAUCUCCUUCCCUGCUUUUGCAGUCGAGGAUGCUGACCUGGUCAACAUCACCAAGAGCGAGAUCAUCUCUAAACUGCAGGGACGUUAUGGGUGCUGCCGGUUUAUCAGGGAUGGGUACAGGACCCCGAAAGAGGAUCCUUCUCGGCUUCAUUACGACCCAGCAGAAUUGAAACUGUUUGAGAAUAUUGAAUGUGAAUGGCCAGUGUUUUGGACUUACCUUAUACUGGAUGGCAUUUUCAAUGGGGAUCCUGUACAGGUGCAGGAAUACAGGGAGGCUCUGGAGGGCAUCUUGAUCAGAGGCAAGCAUGGCAUCAAACUGGUGCCUGAACUUUACGCUGUACCGGCUGACAAGGUUGAAGAUGAGUACAGGAAUCCACAUAGUGUGGAACGGGUGACCACAGGCCAGCUCCCUCAUAUGUGGGGACAGUCUCUUUACAUUCUGGGAAGUCUUCUAUCAGAGGGAUUUCUUGCUCCUGGGGAGAUAGAUCCUCUAAAUAGAAGAUUCUCCACAGGGUUCAAACCAGAUGUUGUAGUCCAAGUGAGUGUAGUAGCAGAGUCAAAAGAGAUCCAGGGCCUGCUGAGGGAUUAUGGGAUAGAUGUCCAGACUGUAUCAGAAGUUCUGCCCAUCCGUGUCAUGCCAGCUCGUAUCCUGAGUCACAUCUACGUCAAACUGGGAAACUGCAAGAAGCUGAAUUUGACUGGGCGGCCAUACCGGCAUAUUGGUGUUUUAGGGACCUCCAAGUUCUAUGAGAUCAGAAAUCGUACCUACACCUUUACCCCACAGUUCAUUGAUCAGCAUCAUUUCUACCUGGCCCUGGAUAAUCAAAUGAUUGUGGAGAUGCUGAGGACUGAGCUGGCUUACCUCUCCUCCUGUUGGCGGAUGACUGGCAGACCCACACUCACUUUUCCUAUCACACGAAGCAUGCUGGUGGAUGAUGGUGAAAGCAUUGAUCCUUGCAUCCUGUCCACCCUACGAAAGCUUCAGGAUGGCUAUUUUGGUGGAGCAAGAGUGCAGAUGGCAAGCCUGUCCACUUUCCUCACCACCUCCUUCCACACCCAGCUCAGCUUCAUGGACGCUGACCCUGAUGAGAACCUUUUGGAUGUGGAUGAAGAUGAUGAUGAAGAAGAAGAUGAAGACAAUGAAGAGACAGAACAUGUUUUUUCCCCCUCUGAUUCAAAAGGCAUAGAAGAUUCAAAAGACGUGCUUGACGAGUACUUCACACAGCUCCUCCAGAGUACCACCACAAAGCCACAUCUUCCUCCCAUUCAGAGGGGACAGCACCAUGUUUUCAGUGCUGAACACACCACCAGGGACAUCCUGACUCUCAUGGCUCAGGUUCAGGGCCUCAACAUGCCUAAACCAUCUAUGUACUUACCUGUGACUCCCAUCAUGAACAAGCACAGGAAGUCCCUGAACCUGCUGGAGGUUCCCCACCCUCAACACCAAGGUCCUCACCAACACAAGACUUCUAGUGUUGACCUGCACUUGCCCCGUGAUGCCCAUGGAAACACAGACUUCGCUGCUCUGGUCAGUCAGCUGAAGGAAUGCCCAACAUUACAGGACCAAGCUGACAUUCUCUAUAUUCUCUAUGCGAUGAAGGGUGCAGACUGGGUAGUCAGUAUAUCUGAGCAGUGUGGAGCCACAGUGCGCUCUCUGCUAGGAGAGCUGUACAUUAAGGCUGGAGCAAGUCAAGAAUGGGGACUCAUUCGCUACAUCUCAGGCAUUCUGAAGAAGAGGGUAGAGGUCUUGGCAGAGGCUUGCACAGAUCUGAUCUCCCAUCAUAAGCAGCUGACCGUGGGUCUUCCUCCAGAGCCUAGAGAGAAAGUCAUUACAGCUCCUCUCCCACCUGAAGAGCUGAAUAAUUUGAUCUAUGAGGCCAGUGGCCAGGAUAUUAGCAUUGCAGUGCUAACACAGGAGAUCAUGGUGUAUCUGGCCAUGUAUGUGCGUUCUCAGCCAGCACUGUUUGGAGACAUGCUACGUCUGCGAAUAGGCCUUAUUAUGCAGGUGAUGGCUACCGAACUGGCCCGAAGUCUACACUGCUCAGGUGAGGAGGCAUCAGAGGGGCUGAUGAACCUCAGUCCGUCUGACAUGAAGAAUCUGCUGCAUCACAUCCUAAGUGGGAAAGAGUUUGGAGUGGAAAGGAGCAUGCGGCCACUUGAGUCCACAGCUACCAGCCCAGCUAUCUCCAUCCAUGAACUCGGACAUACAGGGGCUACCAAAACAGAACGUACAGGCAUCAGGAAACUGAAGAGCGAAAUCAAACAGCUUGACGAUUCCAGACCAAUAAGCAUCUUUACUGGCAGUCAUUCCAUCAGCAGCAAUGUCACAUCCCCCCGCUCCACGAGGUGCAGCAGCCCUUCCACCCCUAGUGGCAUCCUCUCUCCAACAGGUACAGGUGACUCGCGGCUGCAGUGGGAGGAGAGGCAGGGUCAGUGGUUGAGAAGACGCCGACUGGAUGGGGCCAUCAACAGAGUGCCCAUGGGCUUCUACCAGAAGGUCUGGAAGAUUCUGCAAAAGUGCCAUGGCAUGUCUAUUGCUGGAUACGUACUACCCUCCUCGACUACUCAAGAGAUGACAGAAGGGGAGAUUAAGUUUGCUGUCCAUGUGGAGUCAGUACUGAACCAUGUUCCUCAGCCAGAGUACAGGCAGCUGUUGGUGGAGGCUGUCAUGGUGCUUACUCUCGUGGCUGAAAUGGAGAUAUCCAGCAUCGGAGGAAUUAUUCAAAUCGACCGUAUAGUUCACAUGGCAAAUGAUCUUUUUCUGCAGGACCAGAAGUCCAGUGGGGCCAAUGAGUUUUUCUUGGAGAAGGACCCAGCAACAGGAAUUUGCAACUUCUUCUAUGACAGUGCUCCCAGUGGCAGCUAUGGCACUAUGACCUAUCUAUCAAAGGCCGUGAUUACAUAUGUUCAGGACUUCCUCCCUAGCACCAGCUGUCUGAUGCAGUGAGGAAAGCAGCUCCAGGAAUGUGAUGGCUUUACCACUGACCAUGGACCUGUUUCUUUAAUGGUAGCCCAACUUCCACACAGUAAUGCAACACAGUAAACCUGGUAUCCUGUCAGCUGCAGAUGGCAAACUACCAACAACAAGGAUGCGGUUUGAAAUCUCAAUAUUCCAAAUUACAAAGAAAGUAAAUUACUGUGGAUUUUGGGACCACUGUAUAACUCAUACUGGUAACUGAUAACUGAUUUUACUAAAUAGCAUGUGAAAUGUGACAUUCUACUAUAUUUAUUUUACACGGUCUGCCUGAGUAAAUUAAUGUUAUUUUAAUAUUUAAUAAUUUAUAGUUUUAUUCAAAUACUUAUAAGUUUAUCCAAAUAAUCGUAAUAUAUUAUCAAAUAUAUGCAGAAUGUUUAGCUACUAAUAACAAAGAUAAUAUUAGGAAAAAAUAUAUCUUAAUAUGUCCAUAUACGUUUGUGGGCUUAUUAUGAAUGUAGGUCAUUUUUGUUUUAGCUCAGUGAAACAUUGUGUAAAUGUAACACUGAAUCAUAAGUUUGCUUUGUGUGAGCCUGUUACUUUGUGAAAUAAUACACCAAUGGUAAUAUGAAUGGUAAAAACUGUUUUAAAUACACAUUAUAGUUGAAGCAUGUUUACAGACAAACCUAAAACCAGCUAUGAACAGGUACUGCAACACACUUACUUUGAGCAUUUCUUAAAUAUUAAGAGAUUUUGAGGGGAACAAAACAAAUGUAUGUGAACAAUAUGUUUUUUUUUCUCCAGCAGGAACAUCCUAGCUCUAAUCUAUGGGGCAGGAGGGAAACAGGUUUGUUGUUUUUCAUUUUUAUUUUGCAUUUAUCUACAUUAUACUUGAACUUUCUGACAGAGUGGUGGUGCUCUAACCAGUGCCUGCAGGGCCUGCAUGGAGAAGCAGCAUCUGAGUGAGAGCUAUGAUCAUGUUUUGAUCAGUUUUCCUCUUGGCUAGAAAACAAACAGCUACUUCUGUGGAAAAUAGCACUCCUACUGUGAAAUGCUUUAAAAACAAUGCCACAGUUCUGGGAAUAGACAAUGUUGCAAUCAUUUGAUUCUUUCAGUACUUGGUUCUUCAGUCUUAUAUGGUAAUUUAACUACAUUAAACUGAUAGUGUUCAAGGUUUUUCCAAGACCUGACCUGACUGUUUAUCCUUAUGUUUUUGUGAGUCAGUGGCUUAACAAAUCAAGUAUGUUUGGCAGUAGCAGAAAAUAGUUUAAUGUCUUUGAAAGAUGUAAAAUGUUGCCUUAUAGGACUGGUACUGCUCUGCACCUAUCAGAGCUCAUUAAAGGGUCUUGAGUUUAGGGCCUGACCAGUAUAUUGAUUGGUUGAUAAUAUUUAGAUUUACAUUUAUGGUACUCAGACACUGCCAGAAAAAAAGCCAGUGCUGAUACCUAAAGAUACCAAAUUAAACAUAGCAUAAGAGCCAUACAUUUCAAUGAGCACUUAGAUUAGUGCUCACUUAAGUGCUGUACAAAGAGAUGGGUCUACGGUCUGCGUUUGAAGACCAUGAGAGAGUUUGCUGUUCGUUUGGAAGUUCAUUCAACCACCUGGGUGCAAGCACAGAGAAGAUUUUUAUGCUUGUUUUCCAUGUGUCUUGAAAGAUGGUGGGUCAAACUGAGCUGUACUUGAAGCUAAAAAAGCUUGAGGUACAGUUUGAGUAUUGACCAUUGCCAUAAGGUAGGGAGAGGUAGGGAGAGGCUGGUCUGUUUUUGUGUUUUGUAGGCAAGUAUUGUGGUUUAAAUCUGAUGCUGGUAGCUACAGAAAACCAGUGAAGGGAGCGCAGCAGUGGAGUGACAUGCCUGAACAUGUGAAGAUUGAAGACGAGCCGUGUGGCUGCAUUCUAGAUCAGUUGCCAGGGCCUGAUGACUCACAUAAGAAAACCAGUUAAAAGCAAGUUGCUGUAGUCAAGAUGAGAUGAGAUGACAAGACACUGAACUAGCACCUGGGUGGCCUCCCAAGAGAGAAAGGGCCAAAUCCAGCAGAUGUUGUAGAGGAAAGUUUGGUUCGCAAAAUGAGCUGAGAAUGAUAACUGGUUAACCGGAGUCACACCAAAACUUCUUGCAUCUUUAAUUGGAAUGACCAAGGAGUUCUUGAAUGAAAUGGUGAGAUCAUAGUGAGGAACAGGGAGGAAUAGCAGCUCAGUCUUGUUGGUUUGAGCUUCAGGUGGUGGGCCGCCAUCCAUGAAGAGAUGUUAGUCAAGACAUGCUGAAAUGCAACUAGAUACCUGGAGUAUCAGAAGAUGAGAAGGACAGCAUUAGUUGGGUGUUGUCACGACAGCAGUGGUAAAAGCCUUGUGGGACACUGGUUGAGGGCCUGCAUGUGGACCCUCUUCUUUUUACCUGAUAAGAGCGACCCUCCAGAUAGGACUUGGACCACUUCUAGGCAGAGUCAGGGUUUCAAGGUUGGUGAGGAAAGACGGGAGAAUCUUGUGGUUGACAGUGUCAGAGGUUGCAGAGAAGUCAAGAAAAAGAGAACCAUUGACAGUUUGGCUGCUCUUGCUACUUGGAGUGGGCAGGUGGUUGGGUUGCUGGAUUUGAGUAGCUGUAGGUCAUCAUCUGUGGAAAGAGAAGAAAAUAGAUCAGGGAAUUAAGAGGAAGAUGAUGAAGAUGCAAGGAAAGAGAGGAUCCUGGCAGAUUCUAAUAACCUUCUCCUCAAAGAAGGUACUAAACUCCUAAGAGAUAAGAGAAAAGGGUGAUGGGAGAAAGAGCGUUAAGGACAGAGGAGAAAAUGGUGAAGAAAUUGCGUGGAUCAGAUGCUGAUGCUUCCAGUUUCCCUCUGUACAAGAAUUACUUUACAACAGUUACUUCAAGUGAGAACUUAGAAAGUAGAGAUUUGUAGGAGCGAAGAUAUGAUUCAAGCUGGGAUUUCAUCCAUCUUUUCUGAGCCUUUCUUAGCUCUUGUCAGUUGCUGAGCAGGACACCGGUCAGCAAUGGGGAGGGUGGGGACAAUCUUGCUGGCCUGGAGAAGAGAGGACACGGAAGGUUAAUUGCAGAUGAGAGUGAUGAAGGUAAAAUAUCUGCAGCACUGUUCUGGGAGAGAGUUGAAAAUGAGUCAGAGUGGGGAAGUUGGGACAGUUGAAGCUGAUGUGGACAGGGACAGCGGAGGGGAAAGUGUAAAAGAUAGAUAGUGAUCUGAGCAGUGAUUUAGUGUUACUGCAAUAUUAAGUGCAGGGGUAGGCCUGCUAAGGAUCAGGUCCAGAGCAUUGCCUGCUUUGUGCUUUGGAGGAGACUGGUUGAAGAUGAGGUCAAAGGAUGAUAGCAGUGGGAAGAGGUAGGAUCUGCAUCUGGUCAAAUGGAAGGUUAAAGUGACCAAGGAGAAUGAGUUCCAACAAUGGGCAAGAAGAAUAUCUAACUCAUCUAUGAAGUUGCCUAGAGGACAAGGAAAGGGAUAAAUGGCAAUGAUAUUAAGUUUAAUGGGGAAAGAUACAGUGACAGCAGUGACAGCAUAAUUAGUGGCAUAAUAUCUACCAGUAUUGACCUGUAGUUUAAUCAGUAUCCAUGAAAUUGUUGCAUAUUGUACACUAUUAAUAAGCAUCAAUUUUUGGUUGCGGCAUUGCUGGGAUUCAGACUCACAUCUCCUGACAGUAAGGUAAAAUCUUAGAUUGAGUUACCCCUGUUAAAAUAUCACCAAUAGAAGCUGAAUUGGUAAAUCUAAACAUAAAAACAGUAUCAGGGUUAAAAUUUGAAAAUGUAUCCAAACCUAAAAUUUAGCAUGAGAAAACUUGUAGAAUGCAAGUUUGUCUUUUUUAGUAAAGAAAAUUAAAUAAAAAUAACAGACUUAUGAGUGGCUCUGCCCCCAGUGCAACAAUAUCUAUAUUACUAUAAGAGUUUGUGCUGUUUAUUUGAGUUUAAGAAAUGUUACAGUUGACAAUCAUUAUCUGUCAGUUAAUCACUUUUUAACUAAUACGACUGAAGUGUAAAAUUAAAAUAAGACAAUAAAAUUAUAGCUUCCCUUUAGUUAUUUAAAUGUUUAGCCCAUUAAAAUCAGUAUUUUGUCAGCUACAAAAUUUUUAUAUUGGUCAGGCCUCAUUUGAUUCAAUUGUUUGCAAAACCAUAGGCAGGAACUUGUUCUUUCCCCUCCAGACUCAAAAGCCCAAAUAGAAUUUAGCAUUCUGUCCCCUCUUUGCAAGUGUCACCCCUUUGGUUCCUGUGAGUUCUAACAAAAUAAGCAAAAUAAGCUGUUUUUUCAUAUUUCAAGUUCAUCUUAUUUUCAUGUGUUUGAUACUGUGUCAAUAAAAUUGUCAGGUUCUUUCACAACCAAAUUCUUAUGUUAUCUUGUAUUUGUCAGUUUUUAUGUCAUUUUAGCAUGCUAAAUGAAUUAAAAUGUCUUUCGUUGUAA